UCGCCUACUUCGGCCUGCAUAUGAUUUGAUUUUUGAGAUCCAACGGGUGACGUUGUUUUUUUUUGCGAAAAACUGUAAUAGAAACGCAGCUAGAGACUGCUUAGUUUGACUGUUACUUAAUGACAAUACGUUUCAGUUACUGUGUCGAUAAAGAAAUCGGAGAGAGAAGAAAACAAAACUAAGAAGUCUUGAAGUGAAACUGUAAAAGGCCCCACUGAGACGUCACCGUGUCAGAGGCUGCUUACUGUGACAGUGUUAGUUCAUGACAGUACGUUUGAGGGCACUGUAUCCAUAAAGAAAUCAAAAAGAGGAAAACAAAACAAAGGAGCCUUGAAGUUCAACUGAAAAAGGUCCCAUUGAGACAUCACCAUGACAGAUCAGACACCAAAUUCUACCGACUACGAUUAUUCAGCUUACUACGAUGGGGAAGGCUCUUCUCCUUGCGAUUAUGUCGACGUGAUGGUCUUCAGUACAAAAUUUCUGAUUGUUCUCUAUAGUUUGGUGUUCAUCCUGGGAUUCAUAGGCAAUGGCCUGGUGGUGUGCGUCCUGGUGAAGCACCGCAAACAGACCAACCUGACAGACAUCUGCCUCUUCAACCUGGCCAUCUCUGACCUCGUCUUCAUCUUCACGCUGCCUUUCUACUCCCAUUUCCUCAGCAACAACAACUGGAAUUUUGGAGAGUUCAUGUGCCGUUUCCUCUCCGGCUGCCACAUGUCCGGCUUCUUCAGCAGCAUCUUCUUCAUGGUUGUCAUGACGCUGGACCGCUACAUGGUCAUCAUGCACGCCCACAGAUUUUCUCCGUACCGCACGAUGAGGACGGCCACCAUUUUGACCGUGUUCGUCUGGAUAGUGAGCAUCUGUGUCUCCAUGCCGUCUUUCGUCUUCACAAAGCUGACGAAUCAGUCCAACUCGUUGGCAUGUAACUUCACCCCUGAAAACGAUGCCUGGAACACCUACAAAGUGCUGUCAACAAACAUUCUGGGUCUUUUGGUUCCCUUGCUGGUGAUGGUAGUUUGCUAUUCCAGGAUCAUUCCCACACUGGUGAACAUGAGGACUGUGAAGAGGCACCGCGUUGUCAAGCUGAUCAUCUCCAUUGUGGCUAUCUUCUUCUUGUUCUGGACCCCAUAUAAUAUUACAAUUUUCCUGCUUUUCCUCAGGUCUAUGGACAAAAUAGAGAACGGCUGCACCAUAGACAAAAACUUAAGGCUGUCAACAGUUGUGACCGAAGCCAUUGCUUACAGUCACUGCUGCCUGAACCCCAUCAUAUAUGCCUUUGUGGGGCAGAAAUUUAUGAGGAGGGCCUUGCAGCUGCUGAAGAAGUGGGUGCCUGGCCCCAGAAGAAACUUUUCAGAAAGCUCAUACAGGAAAAGCUCUGUUGUUUCCAGGUCCUCUGAUGUCACCACCAAUUUUAUCAUGUAGGAGUUGUAUUAUGUUUUGCAACAUAAUAUUCCUGAUACAUGAAUCAAUGGUUCACAACAGUAUCUCAUAUGCUGGGGUAGAGAUGAUGCUCACAGUGCUACAACCUGGCUUGGAAAGCUGACUUUUAGCAAAUGUAGGAGUAAAUUAGAGGCACAACAUAGACAAAGUGUAGUGAAACGAACACACUAGAUGUGGAUUUUGACAUGAAAUCUCAAAAUUGAUCAGUGGGUGAAAAAACUGUUUUAAACUGCCGUGUCUCACCUUAAAGUAGUUAGUAUUAUUGCUCACUGACUCCUCUAUAGAUAUUUGUGUACACCCUUCUGACCCUUCUGCAAGCGGGAGUGUUCCGUUUCGAUGAUAAGACAUCAGCUCUGUUGGAUUGUUCAUUGUAAAGCACCACAAUCUACUGUACAAUCUAAAACAUUUUGCAUAUUCUCAGCUCCUCCUACUCCUGCUGACGUUCAGAGGAUGUGCUUGAGCUUUGAAGUUUCUAACCACAAUAUUUGUUUGCCCGUGUCUGUAUUUCCUUUUUCUUUCCACGUACGCUUUGUGAUGUAUAAAAGAUGAAUCAUAUAUACAUAUAUAUAUAUAUAUAUAUAU